AUGUUCAGUUCUAUUUCAAAGAAAAGGUUGCUCAGUACCCCAUUAAGGUGUUCCAUCAGGUAUAACUCUUCUAUAAAGAAUGGCAAUGCUGAAAAUAAGACCAGUUCAACUGGGUUCAACAUGGACGAUCUCUUCAAGAGAAUAGAUAAAGCCUCUGCACUUGCUGCAGAAUUGAAGAAGAAAAAAGAUGAAAGGAAACGGCUCUUUAGUGAAAGGAAACAUUCCGGUGGUCCGUUUCGGCAACACCAGCAAAACGACCGUCCCCAAAGCCAACAGUACACCAACCAACCAAACCAGCGUCCGUUUCGUAUCCAAACAUCCAGUCAAAACGGCAGCAACUCAAAAUGGCAAAACUCAUUUCCAAAGCAAAAUCGAGAAGAAGGAACAACAGGAUUUUUUUCUAACCACACAGGAAAGAAUCAAGUCCAAAACGAACAAACUUUUUUUGAAAAAAGAAAAGACCGAUAUGGAACCAAGUUUAAUCAGCAGCAAGAAAGACAAGAAGGGCAAGAAAGACAAGCAGGACAAGAAAGACAAGCAGCUCAAAAAGGCUUUGCAAACUUCAAUGAAAACAAAUCCUUUGGAAAUCAGUCCCAAAACAGAACAUAUGAAGCAAUACCAAAAGAGACUCAAACUAGAGCAUUAUUUAAACCAACUAGGGAGAGGUUUGAAGGAAGAGGAAUUGUUGCAUCCAGGCAAGGUCGUAGCUCAGCUUCUAGAGACGGCAAUAACAAAGCGGAAGUCUCCUUCAAAAAAAGGGGAGGAGCGUUUGGCACCAAAACUAGAGGAGGGGCAGGGGCAAGAAGAGACGGUGGACGAAAAUUUGAAAAGCGCAAAGAGUCUACAAUUGCUGCUGAAAUCAAAUCAAAAGAGUUGACCGUUGAACCUUUGUCCCCAGGGAUCAACCCAGAACACUUUCUUUAUGGAAAAGCUCCAAGUGUAGUUACAUCAUCUAUCAAGACAAGGUUAGCAUCAAUUGCUAAACUUACUUUAAUCGACUCAAAAUAUCCAUAUCAAUUACCCAAGAAUAUUAUUGAACUAGCUCCGUCUAAUGCACCAUCAAGGUAUAUUUUACAAAGAAACUGGGAACUUGAGCCAAACAAAGAUGUAUUAAAACAAAGAAUCAAUACUAUAGCGUUGGGUAAAACUGAAUCUAUUGAUUUAAAAGGGCAUGAUACUGAAGAGUUUGUAAAAACUGCACAUGAUAUUGAGAUCAAUCCUACAUUGAGUUUAAAUCAAAAGCAAAGUUUAUUUGAUACUGUGAGUUCAUUGAAUAAUAUAAAAAAUGUUUUUAACAAUGCUCAUUGGAAAAAGGAUCAAGCUCUGAAGUAG